AUGCACGCCUCAUACCUCAUCGUCCUGGCCGCCAGCGCCAUGUCCGCUGUUGCGCAAAACACCAUCACCAGCACGAGCUACAUGACAGCGACAAUAACUAUCACGAAAUGUCAGGAGACUAACACCGCGUGCCCGCUGUACACGCCCAGCAGCUCUGCGCUAGUCUAUCCCACUUCUUCGUCGGUGACCUCGUCAGUGUCCUCGUCAGUGUCCUCUUCGCUGUGCUCGUCGUCGUCGUCGUCUUCGUCGUCGACUUGGUCUUCAUCGGCGCCGUUGAAACCCUCAUACCCGUUGACAUCCUCAUACCCUGUCAGCACCACGUCUACCUUUCACCCCAUCUCCAACACGACCACGUUACAAACCGCUGGCCCGACCUCCUACCCCAACUCGACCACCUCUGUUGCUCCCACUACGUACCCGACGCCGACGACUCCUAUGGUCCCCACGACGUCCGCUGCUGGAUCAUCUGCUACGGCCUCAGGGCCCUCGUCCAGCGCCGUGCCGACCACCGCCGGUGCCGGUCUAGUCGCCGUCCAGUCCGGUCUCCUGUUGGCCGUCGUGGGUAUGGGUGCCGCACUGCUGCUCUAA